AUGAAUAAGAAGAGGUACUUUCUGGACUCCCCAGUGGUCAAAGAUUACAUGGUUAAGGGAGAAAGAUUUACCCAGUGGUCAGAGGACUCCACUAAGACCGUUCCUGUAACCAUGAAGAUGGACACACAAGGCUUUUACCUCUACUGGAUGAAUCAAAGCAAAGAGACAACGUUCUUGGAUGUUGCUACCAUCAGAGAUACCAGAACAGGAAAACACGCAAAACUACCAAAACACCCAAAGGUCCGAAACGUGUUUAACCUGGACUUCCCAGACAGUAACCAUUUGGCUAAAACGCUGACUGUUGUUUCUGGUCUUGACAUUGUCAACCUGACCUUCCAUAACUUCUUUGCCUCCAAGGAUAAAGUGACACAGAACUGGGCGAAUGACAUCCUUGCAAUUGCCUACAAUUCAGCAAGAAACAAUGCCUGCAGACAAAUUUUCCUGGACAAAAUCUAUGUUCGGAUUUGUCUCCAGACCAACAGAGAUGGCAAGAUCCCAGUAAAAAAUAUUUACAAGAUGUUCCCUGCUGAUAAGAAGAGAGUGGAAAGUGCACUGGCAUCAGCACACCUCCCCAAAGGAAAGUUUGACAGUAUGAAGCCUGACAUCUUUACUGAAUCAGCUUUCAAGACCUUCUUGGCAAAUCUUUGUCCCCGCCCUGAAAUCUACGAGAUCUUCACUUCUUAUUCCAACAAACCCACCAUGACGAAGGCAAACUUCACCAAGUUCCUCAACGAGAAGCAGAGGGACUCCCGGCUUAAUGAGGAGCUGUUUCCACGACUACGGCAGGACCAGAUAAAGGCUUUGAUGCUGAAAUAUGAACCCUGUACCACUAAUUGCAACAGAGGUCUCAUUACCCCAGAAGCUCUCUUGUCCUUCCUAGUGGGUCCUGAGACUUCCGUGGUCAUGCAGGAAAAGCUGGCCAAGAGUCAAGACAUGAACCAGCCUCUACCCCAUUACUUCAUUAACUCCUCCCACAACACAUACCUGACAGCUGGUCAGUUUUCUGGAGUUUCUUCUCCGGAGAUGUACCGCCAGUGUCUGUUGACCGGCUGCCGUUGUCUGGAACUGGACUGCUGGAAGGGGAAACCUCCAGAGGAAGAACCCGUCAUUACACACGGCUUCACCAUGACCACUGAGAUCCUUUUCAAGGAUGUGAUCGAGGCCAUCGCUGAGAGCGCCUUCAAGACCUCGCCGUAUCCAGUUAUCCUUUCCUUCGAAAACCAUGUGGACUCGGUGAAACAGCAAGAGAAAAUGGCCAACUACUGCAAAACCAUAUUUGGUAAUGCCCUGCUGACAGAGGCUCUGGACAAAUACCCUCUGAAGCCGGGACAGCAGAUCCCGAGUCCAUCGGAUCUCGUGGGCAAGAUCCUGAUCAAGAACAAGAAGGGAAGUCAUAAGAACACAAACCAAAUCAACAAGAAGAGGAGCACAUCAGCGAGUGAGGAGAUGACAACCAUUGCUCCACCUGCACAAAACCCUGACCCGCUUUCCAACAAUCCUGUCUACCCGACCAAUCUGGAGAACCAGGAUGCUGAUAUGGCUGUGGAAGACAAUGAGGAACAAGAGGACACACAGGAACCGGAUGAGGAAAAAAUGAAGACCUCCGAAGAGGGCACAGCCGGACAGGAAGUGACAGCAUACGAGGCGAUGUCGUCGUUGGUCAACUACAUUCAGCCACACAAAUUCACCUCUUUCGACAACGCCAGACAAAAGAACAAGAGUUAUGUCAUCUCAUCUUUUGUGGAGACAAAGGGGGAAACUAUGAUCGCCAAGAGUGCCGUUGAAUUUGUUGAAUAUAAUAAAAGGCAGAUGAGCAGAAUUUAUCCAAAAGGAACAAGAAUGGACUCAUCCAAUUUCAACCCCCAGCCCUUUUGGAAUGUGGGCUGCCAGAUGGUGGCACUCAACUAUCAGACAAUGGACUUCCCCAUGCAACUGAACACGGCAAUGUUCGAAUUCAACGGGCGGACGGGCUACCUACUAAAGCACGACGUGCUGCGGCGCGCCGACAAGAAGUUUGACCCUUUCUGCAACAGGAUUGACACGGUUGUGGCAAUCACACUGACCAUUAAGAUAUAUUCAGGACAGUUCCUGUCCGACAAGAGUGUAAAAACUGGAGUCGAAGUGGAGGUCAUUGGACUGCCAGGAGACCCCAAAAAGAAAUAUCGCACCAAGUGGUCCACCACAGCCAACUCGAUUAAUCCAGUGUGGAAUGAGGAGCCUUUUGUUUUUGACAAGAUUCUCCUCCCAGAAAUGGCUUCUGUGAGAAUGGCAGUCCACGAGGAAAACGGCAAAUUCCUCGGGCACAGAAUAAUUCCCCUUGAUGCCAUUCAGUCAGGUUUCCAUCACAUCUGCCUGCGCAGUGAAAGCAAUGUGCCGCUCACUCUGCCUGCGCUCUUUGCGUACAUUGAGGUCAAGGAAUACAUCCCUGCUGCUUUUGCGGAUUUCACAGAUGCCUUAUUCAACCCAACAAAGGGCACUGAGAAGACGACGAGGACCCCAAAAGAGUCGUCCUUGGACUACGUUUGUCCUUAUGAGCUGCCAUUUGUGCCUCACACUGCAGUGAUCAAACCAGGGGAACCUACUGUAGAAGUGGUGCUUUCUGAAACGAAUCCACCCAAUCUUAAGGCCAGGGAAUCACCAUCCCACGAUGCUUCACCUGAAGCGAGGCGAGGAGAUGCUCAAGAAGUGGCAAUGCCAUAUAUUCCACAACCUGAAGACACGGAAGCAGCAAGUUCCACGCAUGAGACACUUCCUGGUAAUGAGACCUUCCCCGAAGUGGAUGUGACACACCCCGAGACCACCAUAGACGUAGAGGACUCAAGCAGUGACUCAAUAAACUUGGAACUCAUUUCAAAUGAUGGACUUGUCCAGGAGGAGGUUCAAGGAGAACCCGCUCCAUUAAGUGCAUCGCUUCAAUGUACAGUGUCAUCAGAUAAAUCAUCUUCAGCUUCUAGUGAAGCAGCGUCUGGUUUUGCCGGAGAAACAUCCACCGUGACAACCGCAGAACUGACACAGAGCAAGAACUACCUCAAGGUCAUCCAGCGUCAGGAGAAUGAGACCAAAGACGCAGAAAAGAAGUAUCAGAGAAAAACAGAACAUCUCAGGCAAAAAUAUUCAGAUGCUUUCAAGGCCUGCAAGAAAAAGGCCUCGCUGCGGAAAAAGGACGCAUCCCUGAAAGGAGGAAGCGUAUUGGGCUGCAGCCAAAAAACAGUGCAAGAGCUCAAGCAAAAGAUGCAGGCGGAGCUGCACGCUCUGUGGAUGGAACACUGCGAUCACAUGAGGACGAAGAAAGAGCAGUGGGCCACAGAGAGACUGGCAAAACUGAUGAAGAUGGCCAACGACAGGCACAGCAUCGAACUGAAGACCUCGGAAAGGCUGAAAAAAGCAACCAGUAGGGAAGUGUUGGAUGAGACUGAUGAAUCAGAAUGUGUGUCUUGCGAGUACAGCAUGCAGCAAGAGACUCUGAUGGUGAAACAGGCGGUCACGCUGGAGGAGAUCAAGGCACUCACUAAUCAGCUUAAUCAGGUGGCCCUGAAGGAUCACGAAGACAAAAUGAGAUCUCUGCCAGCAGAGGUGAUGGACGUUGUUAACGCCUGUGUGGGUGCCCACUUCCCUGAACUCACCGAGCAGUCGGCUGCCAUUAAAGUAGAAGGGUCAAACAUCUAUGGAGAUGUCUUUCUAGGCUAGAUGGUGCUUAGAUCCUGAACCAUGCUCCUUCUGUUCAGCUCAAUCAUACUACUGUGGAAUAUUUUAUAAAUCUAAGAGAUAUAUGACAAUUAAAUGAGUGAGUUAUGAGAAUAACAUUAACAUUAGAAUGUAGUUACUUAUAAGACACUGGUGGUUUAAUGGCUUCUGUGCAGACAGCAUUGGUUUGGUUUCCCACUAA